GGGCAUUGAAACAAUCCACAACAAAUCCCGCCAGACCAUCCUCCACAGAGAAUCUUUUUGGAUCAGAAAACUACACACCCUUAACCCGGAAGGCAUUAAUGUUGACCAAUAACCCGUAACCCCUGAACCCUUGAAUCCCUCCACUCAAUCACACACACACGCACCACACACUACCUACACUACAGACGCCCAAGCAUGACACUACAUCCAUGACAUCCUUGCCCUCGCUCACAGAGGACGAACAUUCUCCAGGGAACUAUGGUAUGCUGGAUCAAGUUGCUGCUCUGGAAUGGGUGUAUAACAACAUAGAAGCAUUCGGCGGAGAUAAGAAUAAAAUUACACUAUUUGGAGAAAGUGCAGGGGCAGCCAGCAUUAGUUUUCAUCUAAUCUCAAAGCUUAGCAGACAGUACUUCAAUCAAGCAAUAUUACAGAGUGGAACUGCAUUUAGUCCAUGGGCCUUCAGGUACGAUCCAGUAUUUGAGCUUCAAAGAGCACAGGAACUUGGAAGAAAGAUGGGUUGUGAAGAUGUCACCUCUUCCUCUGCUUUGGUAUCAUGCCUUCGUGAUGUAGACGCUCGGGCACUGCGCAUCGCAGGUGACGAGGUUUAUGACCAGAGGUAUGCAAUCACCUUAGACGGCACAUUCUUAGACGACACCCCGACCAACCUCUACAAGAAGGGAGAUUUUUCGAACGUAACACUGGUGGUUGGUUUCAACAAAGACGAGGGAACCCUGGCCCCCCUCUAUUUCUUUCCACAAUACUAUGGCAGCCCGACCCCACCACCAACAAGUCGCGAAUUAUUUGAAGACGUGGUAAAGACCAUUUUGAAUACUUACGACAGGGAUGACGAGAUCGCACAUGCUGCCGUGUUCCAGGAAUACACCGACUGGACUAUUGCCGACGACCCAGAAGGGGAUUACUUUCAAUCGUGGGUGAAUUUCGGGACUGAUUCUGACUUUGCCUGCCCAUCUGACUUUUUGAUCCGGAGACAUGUAGAAGCUGGCGGUCAGGUCUACGAGUAUUACAUGACACAUGUGCCGUCCGGGAAUCAGUGGUUUGGAGCAGGCCAUGGAGAAGAGCUGGCGUUUGUUUGGGGUCAUCCAUUUAUUGAUGAGCUUAGUAAUAGCGGUGGACACGACUUGGCAGAUGAGGAAAACGCCCUGUCCGUGAAAUUCAUGCAGUUCUGGACAAACUUUGCAAAGUCAGGUGAUCCCAGCAAGGCAAGUGUUGAUGGAGAAGCAGGAGUAGGAGUUGAUUCUUGGCCCUUGUACACCAUCCCCGGGCUAAAAUACAAGGAGCUCUCUCUAGAACUGGGUGACGGCAGGGCUGUCCUGGCAAGACAGUGUCAUUUCUGGAACGAAUACUUACCCAAUUUGGAGGCAUUUGCAAACACGAUUGACGAAAAUCAGAAAGAAUGGCGAGAGGGCUAUAAUGACUGGCAAGAUCAAAUAGCCAAGUGGCAGAAGGAUUUUGACGAAUACAAAAAGCAAUCAACAUGCAAUUGAGCUGAACUUCAGUACGGAACAGAACGUUAUUCUUCUAAACCUACAGUUAAAAAAAUCGAUGAUAUAAAAAAAAUCCCCAAAGCAUUUUGUCUUCGGCUGAAAGAUAUUUAUGUUAGCAGUGGAUGGAUAUCGUAUCGCAAAAUUCUAUUUACAUUUUUAUGCAGUCUGUAUAGAUAAUGAUAGCAGUAUAUACUAGGCUUAAACAUUACUAAGAAUUGACUCUAAAAUGUUGAAAAUUACCAGUUAGGGUGAAACCGAUCAAGAUUAUAGAUAAAAGCUGACGAGAGUUAAGAAUCCAAGGAUCACAAGAAUAAUUUAGUAAAAUUUGCAUACAUAACGCCCGUUCUAAUUCCUUUUAGAAAUAUUCACUAUUUGUGGAGAAAAGGGUACACCAGUUUAAGGUUUUUCACAAUUUAAG